AUGGCGAGCACGUUCAAGGAUGAAGGGUCAAGGCUUGAGCGGUAUGAUGGUUCCAUGCCGGCAACAUACCGGAAGUGGAGAAGGAAGGCAGAGAUUAUGCUCAUGGCUCUUCCUACGACGUAUCCCAAGGAAAAGUGGGGUGCACGGCUGAUGGAGUACGUAGGCGGCGAAGCAGAGGAGGUGGUCGAGACCAUCAGCAUGGAAAAGGUGACGAAGGAAGAUGGCUACACCUUAGUCUUUGCGGCGCUGGAUGACAAGUACAAAGAGCUGGAUAAGGACGCCUUGCAUAAGCAUCGUACAGAGUACUUCUAUGGAGUGACUAUCAAGUCGGGCGAGACCUACCGGAACUUGGUAGUGCGGCUGGAGACUGCUUACAGGCGUUUGCAAGAGCAUAAAGUGGAGCUGCCGGAAGAAGUCAGCAAGGCGGUGACCAACAUCUUCCCACAAGGCGUGGCUAAGGGCACGUCGGGCCGUACAAAGGAGGUCUUCGAGGCCUCUGUCAAUGAGGAGGACUACCAGGACGAGACGGCCGAUGAGGUGGACGAAGUGUACCAGGCGGUGGCAGAUCAAGUCCAGAGCAAUCCGGAGUAUGAUGAUGAAGACACGCUGGACGUCUUUGAGACCUACAAGGAAGCACGACGCCAAGUCCAACAACGCAAGAUGGGUCGAGGAUAUCGACCGACCAGCCAAAGGCCGGAGUGGACAUUGACGGGAACGGUGAAGGGACGCAUCGAGCAGCUCAAGCAGAGAACGAAAUGUCACCUUUGUCAUGAACGUGGUCAUUGGAAAAAGGAGUGUCCCAAGCGGAAGAACAGUGGCCCAACGACCAAGGACGCCAUGAUUGCUGAGGGUCCUACCGACGGAUGGAAGGACCUGGGACAGGAGCACUUCAUCGACGAGGACAAGAUCGGUGAGUUGGAGGUGUUUCUGGCCGAGCGAGGUGAUCAGGUCGACGUGGUCAUCGCUCCGACGGGCGAGAGCGUGAACGAUGACGGCGAAAUGAGAGGGGGCUUCAAGAAGGGCAAGCUUGUCGAGAACCGCAAGAGACCGAAUGAACAUGGCAAGACGCAGAACCUGAAUGACGCGGAGGGCAGCGGCGACACCCCGAUGGUCAGCGAGGAGGUAGUGAGAACGCCGAUUGUGGACCGUCUGCUGCAGGAUCUCAGCUCAGAGCUUCAAGAGCAGACGGAUGCAGUGCUGGGGGCAUCGAUUCUCGAUGCGAGCUCAGAUCACAGCGAAGACGAGCCAGAAGGGCUCGUCAGCGGGCUAACAGGCGCAAAGAUCUUCAACGUGGGGAAGUACGAGAAGAUGAAGAAGGUACCGACAACGUUCAGUUCGGCAUACAUCAACGACAAGAAGUAUGUGGCAUGGGUCCGGAAGUUCAUCAAGGACCAAGAGAACAAAGGUGCAAAGGCGACAAGCCAUCCAACGAUGGCAAUGUUUCGCCUCUACAUCGAGCUUCGCGACCAGCAGAAGACGAAGAGACUCAGGAAUGCCACAUUACCGGUACGUGUGCCACGGACAAGGACGGAGGAUCACGGCUAUGGGGGCGGCAAUGCUCGGACAAUGCAGGCGCCUAUGGUGGCCACACCCAAGACUCGGACGAGGCCAACGAGACCAUCGACGCCAUUGAGGAUGGCGCCCGACUCGGAGUGGCUGGUGAUGCAGACCGAGGAGUCGAGUCCGAAUCCAGAGGAACAGCCUCGACGCCUUCUUCGUCAGCAGAUCGAGGCAACGACCCACGAGCUGGAGUUCUUGGAGGAGCAGCAGGAGCUGUGA